AUGGCCAGCAAUAUUAUUGGAAAUAGAAACAGCACACCCGAGGCAUCCAAGACCUCACUACGCCCGCCCACCUCGAGAACCAUCGGCAGUUCAGGCACUCACACUUCGACCGUUCGUUCUUCCGCCGACAUGUCCUUCACUUCGCCUCUCUCGGCGCGAUCCAUUCGCCCUGCCUCUGAAGUCCUGUACAAUCAACAAUCCCAGCAGGGAAGUUUGGAUGACUCUAGCAGGUUGGGGGAACAAUGGAUCCAGGAUAUCGAACAAUACGAGACAAUGUUGGAAGAGAUGGCUGCCGCGACAUUGGAUCAGGAUUUCAAGGACGAGUUGAGUGCUAUUGAGCAGUGGUUUCGAGUCCUCAGCGAGGCUGAACGCACGGCUGCUACGUAUGCGCUGAUUCAACAAACCACUCAAAUGCAACAACGAUUCUUCGCGCAGGUGCUCAACCAAAUGUCCAAAAGCCAUCCCAUUUCUGGAGUUCUGUCUCCAGCCAACUUUGGAGAGAAAGAUGCCAUGUCAAGCCGGCUAAGCGAUGCUAUGUCGAAAUUGAAUGUCGAUGACAGAAGGACAUCAAUGGGUCGUCCCCCAGUUUCGCCAGCAGGAAACAAGCGCAAUUCAGGGUUGGACCAAUCAACUAUUCAUGCCAUGUUCCCCGAUGCUGUUGCUGCCAUUCAACAACAAAGGGCCGAAUAUGCACAGCAAACAGGCAAUCCACCUCCGUCCAACCGAAACAGCACCGUCAUUGGAGAUCGCAGCUCACUAAUCGCGCCUACGAUAUCUGCUCCCAGCAAGACGGACGCGAUGAGCUGGCGCCAAGGUGGUGAUCAGCCGCCCAUUUCGCGACCAAAGUCGUCCUCAGGCCAACCACCCAUGGGUCAAUUCAGUCAACCUCAACCUACUCUUCGCUCUCCGCGUCCGUUGGGAACAGCGUCCGGCAACAUUCAAAGUACGACAUUGGCUGCACCCGAGCCAACCUUGGGCGAUCUUCCGGCGCUUUCACCCUAUAAUGUAGGAAAUCAAAGCUGGGCCUCGAUGACAAAUACACCCAUGGUACCGAAUUUCAAUCAGACAGCUGCUCACAGCGACAUGGUUGCCAAUGCUACGGCCAUGAAAUUAGCCGCGCUGUCCACAGUGAACAAUCGCAUAGCUUUGGAUGACGCAAAGAAGUACCGACGGGCCCGAUCAAACGAACCACAACCAGCUCAGCCAAUGACACCUGGAGUCACCUCGACGGGUAUCCCAGGCAUCAACACUAUCAUGGUCAAUGAUCAAGGUCAGAUAUUGAAUGCUCAACAAGUUGCAGCAAUCCAAGCUCAACAGAUCGCAGCGGCGCAAGGUCGACGAUCACGACCCAACUCUCCCGGUAUUCCAGGCUUGCAGACUCCGCUAGGACAGACGACAUUUGCUUCACCACAGCAUAACGGAUUCCUGGCUGCGUAUGAUGGUGCGCCAAUCAUGAUGGGAGCAGGAAUGUCGGGAUUACUUCCUCAAAUGGGUUCGUUUGGUGGAAAUGAGGGAUAUCUGUCUGAUCACUCGGAACUUGCUCGUGGUCGUUCUCCACGUGGUCGUCGCGGAAGUUCGAAGCCUCCCGAGGAUCCCACGGACCCAAGUCUCUUGCAGGAUAUUCCAUCAUGGUUGAGGUCGUUGCGAUUGCACAAGUACACCGACAACCUGAAAGAUUUGAAGUGGGAUGAACUCGUCCAACUGGAUGAUAAAGGAUUGGAGAAUCGUGGAGUGAAUGCGCUGGGAGCGAGGAAUAAAAUGAUCAAGGUCUUCGAACAAGUCCGAGAAGCUCAAGAGGAGGGGAAACUGUAA